AUGGCUGAUCAAGGUUUAUCUUUAAUUCUCUGCUGCAAGUGUGGCGUUCAAAUUUAUUCUAAUACUGCAAACAUGUGCUUCACAUGCCUAUCCAGUGAAGCAGACAUUGCUGAACAUAUCGACCGUCAAAAUACUGUGACUUUUUGUCCGAAAUGUGAACGUUAUUUAAAUCCACCAUCUAAUUGGGUUUCUGCCGAACCAGAGUCACCAGAAUUGCUUUCAUUAUGCAUCAAGAAGAUCCGUGGACUGAAGAAAGGUUUGGAAGUUCGGAAUGCUAGGUUUAUCUGGACGGAGCCUCAUAGUAGAAGAAUAUCUAUAGAGAUAACCGUGCAGGGAACAUUACAAACAGGUGAUCGUGUUGAACAGCAAAUUCCAAUCAAUUUCACAGUUCACACUCAACAAUGUACCUCAUGUACUCGUAACGCUGCCAAAGAUUUUUGGAAUGCGUGCGUCCAAGUUGAUCAUAAAAAAACACUAUUGCAUUUAGAACAAGUCAUUCUUCGGUCUGGUGCACAUAAAACUUGUUCAAAUAUCAAGCAAGUUUCAGGAGGUAUUGACUUCUUUUUCAGCACUCGUUCACAAGCAGUCACGUUUGUGAAUUUUCUCUCCAAACGUUCUCCUUGCCGCUAUCAAACUGCACAACAUUUAAAGUCGCAUGAUGUAAACAAUAAUACUUACAAUUACAAAUACACAUUUUCUGUGGAAAUUGCACCAGUUUGUAAAAAUGACAUAGUUUGCUUAUCCCGAGCUCAGUCACAAAAGUUGGGUGGUAUCAGUCAGUUGUGUGUUGUCAGCAAAGUUACCGAUGCCAUUCACUUGAUUGAUCCUUUAACUUGUCAAGUUUGUUAUGUAGACAGUAAGGCUUAUUUCUCGUCUCCAUUCAUGUCAAUUACAACACAAAAACACUUUUCACCAUUUGUCGUACUUGAAAUUGAAGAACAAAGAGAUGAUUCUAGCCAAAUGAAUUCUUCCAAAAAAUCAUACACUACAUCAAGUACUUCAUACCCCGUCGGUGCAAAGUUGUCUCAAAAACACUCACCAGUUUCUGUAUGGGUAAUGAAAGAUCCAUCUAACGAGACAGGUUUAGUCCAGCUUGAUAAUGAAUCGGAUUGUGGUAUAAUUCAUACUAGAUCACAUCUUGGCCGUAUUUUACAUCCUGGAGAUAAAGUACUUGGGUUAGAUUUGCGAAAUUGCAAUAUAAACAAUACGGAAUUUGAAAAACUUCCAGAAGAUAAAAUUCCUGACAUCAUACUAGUUUUACGUCCCAGCCAGUCAAAGAAUACAGCUGGGGAUAAAAACAAUGGACCAAGUAAACGUAAACGCAUUCGAAAACAUUCAUUGAAUGUAGCAGAUUCUGAAUGUGAUACUUCUACCCAGGCAGUGAAUACAAACUUCUCAUCAUCAGAGGAUGACUAUGUGUCAUUCGGUGAGGAGGACGAGGAUGAAACACUUGAAUUUUUCAAUAUGGACACUAGUUUUGAUGAACCCAAUGAAGGAACAUCAUUAAAUUAGCCAUAGUUUCAUGAAACCUAACACAAUAAUGAAACUCUCAGAGGUGUAUUUAUAAUUCACUGUUGUAUUUAUUUUGCUUUUUAUUGAUAUUAUUUUCG